AUGAAGGCCGUUGCUCGAAGUUAUGUUUGGUGGCCGAACAUCGAUGCGGAAAUCGAACUCGUUGUGAAGAGAUGCAGUUCAUGUCAGCAAAAUCGCAACGAUCAACCCCAAACAACAACGCACCACUGGGAAUCUGCAAAACGUCCAUGGUCCCGCCUGUAUGUGGAUUUCGCAGGUCCUUUUCGAGGCAAAUUAUUCUUCAUACUCAUCGACUCCUACUCUAAGUGGCUUGAAGUGACCGUCGUUAAUUCAACUUCGUCAGCGGCCGCUAUUAAGGUGUUACGCCAAAUAUUCGCCACGCAUGGGCUACCUGAUGAGCUCGUGUCGGACAACGGAACAGCUUUCACAUCUGAGGAGUUUAGGAACUUUAUGAAGAACAAUCUAAUUCGACAUAUCCGUUCUGCGCCGUUUCAUCCUUCUACAAACGGGCAGGCGGAGCGAAUGGUUCAAAGUACCAAAAAUUAUUUGAAGAAAGCAGAGCCUGGCAUAAACAUCGAUCUCAGCCUGGCUAGAUAUUUGUUCAACCAACACACCACCCCGCACUCAACAACGAACCGCUCGCCUGCAGAGCUACUGUUCAAUCGUGAGCUGAAAACUUAUUUCGACAAAAUUCAACCUCAGGAAAUAGUUUACGGUAAGGUCACCGACCCUGUCAGUACUAAACCUUUUAUUUCAGGCAGUCCAGUAUGGGUUCGUAAUCAUUCGACGGGCCCGAGAUGGAUCGAGGGCCUGGUGGAAAAUCAGACUGGGCCUAUAUCUUAUGAGGUUCGGUUGAACGACUCUAGGGUCAUCAAACGACAUCAGGACCAGCUUCGUAGUCGGGUGGCAUCAGAAGAUUCCGACUGCGAAAUACUGUCAACCGAAGACGUCGAAGCCAGCACAAUCCAAUCAUCUGAUGAAGUUGAUUCAAGUACUUCUGGUCACGUCGUGGAGACUCAAUCGCCAGGGCCAUCAACGAAUCUACAGCCUGUCGCCUCGUCAUCGCCAACACCGGAAGAACCGCGCAGAUCGAAGCGCGACCGACAGGCCCCACAAUUCUACUCCGCCUCUGGGUGUUAA